UAUGUUUUUCCCAUGUAUUUGCGCGUAAGAAACUUCAAUGUAUAAAUAAUUUAAAUUCAAUCGGCGCAAGAUUCUGUACCUCGUUUGUGUAAAUUCCGAUACUUCUGUACGAUAGACAAAAACGCCAGAAGAUGCCGAGUAGGACGCGUCCUCGCGAAAGUAGAUCCUCCCAGGUGAAGGACGCUAAAGCAAAAAGAAUCGGUGCAAAUCGAACGAUGACAAGUAUAAAACAGAACAGUGCCGAGCCACCACUGCCGAGCGGGCUGGAAACAACACAAUUUAAAGAAAAUAUUUCAGAAAAGGAAAAUGUUCUGAUGCGACAAGAAUUGACCGACGAAAAUAGCAAUAAUGUAACACGAUCGCGAGGUCGAUAUUUACUGAAACAAUUAUCUAGUUCUUUGAGCCCAAAAAUGACUGAAAUCAACACGGAUGCUGACCGUCGUGUUAGUCGCUAUGGACGACAUCAGAAGCAGAAAGACAAUUCAGAUUACGUACCGGUAGAUCUAAUGAGAUAUGUUGGCAAUUCGCCACUUAAGGUUAAACAAAAAAUGGAGAAUACUGAACCAGAUGCUUCUUUUUUGAUAAAAACGGAACAAACGCGGACGACUGAUGAUACCCCAGUGUUGAUGGUGCCCGAGGUGCAAAAUAGAGAUCCAAAGUUACUAACUAUGGAAGAAAUUAAGAUUGUUAGCACGGAUGAGAGCAGUGCAGACAUAAGCACUGGCAGUGACACUUUUACGCAUAAUUUGAUUGUUCGUAAACAGUCGUCGGAUGCCGAUAGUGCUAAAGGGUCGUCAAUCGAUCUAGGGUGA